AUGGCCCAAAAAGCUUUUGGGUGGGCCGCCAGGGACCCCUCCGGAAUUCUCUCUCCCUUCCAUUUCUCCCGCAGAGAAAAUGGUGAUGAUGAUGUUACAGUGAAGAUACUUUAUUGUGGAGUAUGUCACUCCGACUUGCAUACUUUGAAGAAUGAAUGGGGAUUCACAAAAUACCCCAUUAUCCCUGGGCAUGAAAUUGUUGGUUUCGUGACAGCAGUUGGCAGUAGUGUCCAUAAGUUCAAGGUUGGUGACCGAGUUGGAGUUGGGGUGAUCGUAGGCUCCUGUCAAACAUGUGACAUCUGUGAACAGAACUUGGAGAACUAUUGUCCCAAAAUGAUAUUUAUCUACAACUCCACAGACCAUGAUGGUAUAAAUACCUAUGGCGGUUACUCUGAUAUGAUAGUUGUUCAUCAGCACUUCGUUCUUCAAUUUCCUGAAAACCUACCAUCUGAUGCUGGGGCACCUUUAUUAUGUGCUGGAAUCACUGUAUACAGCCCGAUUAAGUACUAUGGUAUGACCGAACCAGGCAAACAUUUGGGUGUUGCUGGAUUGGGUGGCCUUGGUCACAUUGCUGUGAAGAUUGGAAAGGCUUUCGGGUUAAAAGUUACUGUCAUCAGCACCUCUCCAAAGAAGGAAGAUGAGGCCAUCAAGAAGCUUGGUGCGGAUACUUUCGUUUUAAGUAGCGAUCCUGCAAAAUUGAAGGCCGAAACGAUGUCCAUGGCAGCAGCAGAGAAGCUCACUAGUACCGAAGAUGAAGAAAAUAAUAUUGCCAUGGAAAGUAGUAAAGUAGCAGAGAAGCUCGAUCAGGAGAAGAAGAGAAAGAACCAAAACUCCAUUCUCAAGCCAAAGAAGAAAAAGUAUAGGUCCAUUCAUAAUCUUUACUUGGAAACAAAUCCCAUCAACCUUUAA